UACACUUUUCUCAUUCCUUAAUUUCUCCAUCUUUUCUCACCCCCUCUAUAAAUAUCUUAGGUGAACUCCAAAGACUUCCCAUUCAUUAAAGUUACGGGGAUAGAAGACGGUGGCGGCAAACAUGAUGUUGCCGGAUAAUCCAGUGAUAAGUGAUAUUUGUGCCACUGUUAUAACGGCAGCUAUUGAUCGCGGUGUGUUUCGGAUUUGGGAGUUGACUGCUAAGUACGACGUCUUGGACUCUAGACUGUACAGGAAGCUUGUGCAUAUCAGCAUUGGACUAGUUUUCAUGCUUUGCUGGCCAUUAUUCAGCUCUGGGUAUCGUGGUGCAUUUCUAGCUUGUCUUGUUCCCGGACUCAGCGCAAUACGCGUGCUUCUUAUUGGACUUGGGAUCUGUAAGGGUGAAUCCACUGUCAAGUCUUUGAGCCGAUUUGGAGACUACAGGGGACUUCUGAAGGGAUCUUUUUACUAUGUAUCGGCCAUCAGUUUCGCUUGUUUAGUUUUUUGGAGGACUUCCCCAAUUGGGAUUGCAGCCAUUUGUAACCUGUGUGCUGGAGAUGGUAUGGCUGACAUUGUGGGAAGAAGAAUAGGCAAGGAUAAACUUCCAUAUAAUAAAAACAAGUCCUAUGCUGGUAGUAUUGCUAUGGCAACUGCUGGAUUUGUGGCCUCUGUCGGGUACAUGCACUAUCUUUCUGCAUUUGGAUUCAUGCAAGAAAAUUGGGGUUUGGUAUUUCGUUUGUUGGUUGUAUCACUUGUUAGUUCAGUUGUGGAAUCACUUCCCAUAAGCACGCAACUUGAUGAUAAUCUCACAGUUCCACUCGCUUCCUUUUCAACCGGCUUCCUUCUCUUUUGACGCAUUCUUAGUAUGUGCAACUGCAAUUAUAUCAAGCCAUUCUCCCUCUGUAUACUGUAUUACUUAGGAAAAUGUAUAAAUUAAUGAUACUCACCCUAUGUAAUACACUCAUUAUUGUGUACUACUACUAUCUAAUAGAAGAUACUAAGGGUAUACUCGUAAUUGUAUUACUAUACGAUAUUUUAUUAUAUAUAUGAGUCACCCGUAUACCCUUACUAUC